CACUAAAAAUUUGGGUGGUAUCAGGUGCUCCGGAAGGGUACGCAAAUCCUGCUUCACAUGUGCCCGUCGAAACAUAUAUCAUAGCAACAGAUAUUUAUAAUUACAGGACAUUUAACAAUAUUUGUCAUCUAUCUAGCAGAUAUUAAUGAUUUGUGAUGAGAAUCCGACCUAUUAGAAAGAAGUAUAUAUUUAGCCUCAUUCUUCUAGCUUUGUUGUCACUUAUACUGAUCUUAAAACAGUUACCAAGCAUUGAACAAGAUAAUCAGAAUUCUGAAAAAUUAGAUAUUCAAAAAAAACUUUUGACCGCUUAUGGUUCUGUUAAAACAACAAGAGGUUUAAUUCAAAAAAGAGACACGAAAAAUGUGCAUAAACCGUUGAACAAAACAAAACCUAACAGGCCUGCAUCACUAGUAAAGGUCAAACAACAAAGACUGUCGCAAGGAAUAAUCAUACGUGGUGGACGACGUUUUAUCAGAUCUGGUGGUUCACUAAGUUUAGAUUUGAGAAGACAACCUGCCUUUUUCGCUGACGAAUUAGACCCAACAACAGACUGGUGGAAGGCAUUUAUAGAACUUGCAGAUGAUUUGAAAUCUGUUAAAAAGGAUUUUCGAUGUGCUUAUAUGAAGUCACGUGGUAACUGGUGGGACUGUAACUCAUAUCAGUAUAAAAUACAUGAAGAAAGACCGUGCUUAGUGUAUUCCUUCGGAAUUGGAAACGACUUCCGGUUUGACGAUGUAAUGGCAACACUUGGAUGUGAAGUUCAUUCGUUUGAUCCAAGUAUGAAUGUGAGUGAAUAUACAAGAGAAAGUGGUGUGGUUUUUCACACGUUUGGAAUAGGGAGUCAAAACGAUGAUUCAUUUACUCCAAGGACAAACGAGUAUAUAUUAAAAGAACAAAAAAGCACAUGGAAGCUUAGAAAGUUGUCAACAAUCCUUUCUAAUCUUCGCCAUCAAAAUAUGACUCUAGACAUACUUAAACUGGACAUUGAAGGUUAUGAGUGGGACGUAUUAGAAAACAUUGUACAAGAAGGUCUUCUUUCAAAGAUAAAACAAUUAGAAGUCGAAUACCAUAUAUUUCCAGAUUUUCCAAAGAGAGAAAAGUACGUAGAUGUGCUGAAAACUUUUCAGUCUUUGUGGAAGCUUAAUUUCAGACGAUAUUACAAAUUCGUCCAUCAGUUUACACCAAAUGAAAAUAUGACACAUUUGCAGGCAGAUGUUGCGUACGUGAACGGCUAUUAAUUCACCUUGUAUUCGAGUGCAUUUAACAAAAAUGUUUGAAUAUUGCAUUUGCUACGAACUUCUUCAUAUGUCUUGUUAAAUUUUCCC